GCUUGUGGAUGGGGAUGAUUGAACGGCAGGCAAGCGAAAUUCGAAAGGAAAUCAACGCGUAAAUAGUCAUUUGAUGAACGAAGCCGUACCCUUCCUCGUUCGAGGGAAAACGCAAGAGAAACGAGCGUCUGCGCAUUACCAGGACAGGCUGUCACGAGAACUCCUGUAGGAGACGAGGCUCGCAGAAUUCCACGGAGCCAACAGUGCGCGAACCGCCAGCACGCGACGCGGUUGCUACGACGCGACACCUUCCGCGCUGAGAUCGUCGCUACGGGUUCCCAACGAGAGUUUCUCAUCGGAAUACGCGCCGCUCUGUCACCCGGUUUUGCUCGUACACUCUUCAUUUUCUCAAGAAGAAAAUUCGAACAAAAAUCAAAACACGUACGAACGACUCGCGCCACGAUCUGGCAACUGGUUGUCAACCUUCGUCCUCUGUAUAAUUCUGCGUCGCAUUAUUCCCCAUCCGACAAUGUAAAUUGUUUCAUCGUUCUCGCGAAUAGAUCGCGAACAACACGGCAGGGACGAUCGCUGUGUGUUUGGGAACGAGCGGGUUAACCAGAUUAUACGGCGCCUCGUUACGGAUGAACAAUUGGAAUCAUUGAAACGCAAUCAUGAGCUGUCGUCGUCGUUUCGCAGUGCGGCGUGAACAAACGGCGUGAAAACGUAUUUACAAAGCGCUUCGCCGCGGUGAGCGACGAGAAUUCGACGACGACGACGACGACGACGACGUGGAAACGAACGCGGCGGCGAGAAACAGAGACUGAACGGGGUAUAUUUUUCUAAAGCUCGAUCGGACGCACGAGAACGGGAAACGUACGAGUAUUUUCCAGGGGAUGAAAGAUAUACUGAAAGAAUGCCAUUGAAACGAUCGAUUUACGGAUCACGGUUCGAGUAAGGUUUUGGUGGAAAAGAGAAUAAACGGACGUACAUAGGUGUCUGUACCGAAAGCUGUGGGACGAUUAUCGUUUAAAAAGUGACACGUUUAUAAAAAAAAGAAAAGAAAUAGAUAUGUUCGAGAGUUAAAAAAUUGGAACAAAGGGAGAAAGACACAGAGAGGUAUUCGAAGAAAUCGUCGGCGCCGAUUUCUUCGGUAUUCUGUCCAAGAAAAAUGCGACGUUUGAAGCGAUAUUACGUGAUUUUACGAUGAGUAGAAGCCGGCAGGACGCCCUGGGUCGUCGAAACACCGACGGCGACUGAUUAUGACGCGCGUCCACGCGCGCCGCGAUCUCUCUCGUCUCCUCCUGCCAUUCUCAUCCUCCGAGACCUUUCACCUCCCUUGCAACCUGAUCCUUCUCCUUCUCGGCCUUGUCUCCGUUCGCGGCGUCCUACCGUGCAGCGAAAAGGCCAGACCACAGAGCCACGAUCUCGCGUCGUUCCCUUACCUAGCCGCCGACACCGCGGAGAGAAAAUAUUCACGAAGAGUCGUCGACGAUCACCGAGAAUGGAUGCAGCACGGUUUGAACGAGUACGAGAUCUUCGGCUCGUCGGGCCAACCCGCUGGGUUCACGGUGGUUCACGACGAUCGAGCCACGCGAAGGGAUAGAAUCAGCGCGUCGAAACGAGUUAACCACGUGUCGAGCAGGCUCGUCAAAUUAUUCGGCAAGGAUGACGAUCGUUCGCGACUGGCCACUAUCACGCACGGCGAGUGGUCCCACAGACGCCACCGGAAGCGCAAGUUUCGCCGGGAGAAUGACGCGCGAUUGGCCAAUAUCAAGGAGCAAAUCGUUGACACGGCGUCGACGAAUCGCGACAGGAAGCACAUCCAGAUGAGAGCGAAGAGAAACUUCGGCCGAAAGCAUAAGUUCGAGAGGAAAACGGGACCGAGUCUGGCAGAGUUGGAAGAAUCGUUUCACGACUGCGAGGAACUCGCGGGAGUGGACGGCUCGAGGUCUGCGAGAAGAAAUAGGUCUGAUAAAAUCGCGGAUAAUCCCGAAGCGAAAGGAAACAAUGGGACGGAGAAUCCAGUUCAUUCGACGGAAGUGAAUGGCGAUCUGUCACCGGCCUCGAACGAGAGCAUCGAGGAGCCAUUUACGGGCUUCGAGGGCUCGCAGAAAUUCCCUAUAAAAGUCACGUACAAGCCGCCUGUAGCGCCUCAGGUUGAAAAGUUUGACAGAAGGCACUUCGGACCGCCUAAGGUGGACAUUGUCGAAACAACGAUCGCAGCGUAUCCAUCGACCAUGUCGCCGGAUCUUCCCAAAAGUCCUGGUCGGGACGUCCUUCAUCGGCAUCGCAAGGUCGACGAAAACACGGAGGAAGAACGAAGACAGGAAGCGGCGAUCGAGGAGAACGAGAAGGCCGACGAGAUCACGGACGAUCGUUGGCUACCUGGCGCGUCGUCUGGCCGACGAUCCUCCAAUAUAGCCGGCGGAAAGUCUUCUCCGGAUGAGAAGCUCGUCUCCUCCGUGUCUCCGCCGACGUUGACGUCGACUGUCGAUGACGAGAAUUCGGUGAACGUAUCACGCGUCAGUGAGGAAGACAGGGAGGAAAUCGAAGAAGUCAGUGUCACAGUGUCGAACGUGAAAUCAUCCGAAAAGAUAAACGUGACCGUCCUGGGUCUCUUCGAGAUGACAAAAGGCUCCGAACCUAGACCCGAAGGACCCAGCGAGCUGCAGGCAGCCAGGCUGGCCGUCGAACGGGUCAACGAAAUGAACAUCCUGUCCAAGUUUCGACUGCGUCUUAUUCACAAUGACACCAAGUGCGACCCUGGAGUGGCAGUUGAUAGAUUCUUCCACGCUCUCUACUCGGCAAAGAAGAGCGACCUAAUACCGUUGUUGCUGGGCACAGCUUGCUCCGAGGUCACGGAAACCUUAGCCAAAAUCGUGCCCUACUGGAACGUGAUACAAGUCUCCUUUGGGUCCACCGCACCUGCUCUCUCAGACACCACCGAAUUCCCGCUCUUCUUACGAACUGUGGCGCCAGAUUCUAGUCACAACUCCGCCCGGAUAGCGCUCAUCAAGCAUUUUGGAUGGGACACUGUUACCGCCCUCUCGCAAACUGGUGACAUGUACUCAUUGGCUGUGAACGAUCUAGUCACGGAACUGGAGCAAGCGAAUAUCACGUGCACCGCAACCAUCACGUUCGCGGAGAACGAUUACAAGGAACAGCUGCAAACUUUAAAAGAGUUGGACACGAGAAUCAUCAUCGGGAGUUUUUCACCACGGUUAGCACCGUACGUUUUCUGCGAGGCUUGGAAACUGGGGAUGCACGGAGGAGAUUACGCGUGGAUUCUGCCAGGUGACACGAUCGACCCGCCGAGGACCGAGGACGAGAAGUGGCAUUCAGGACCGGAGGAAUGUACGCCCUCGCAGUUGUCCCAGGCACAGAACGGCUUGAUCAUCGUUAAGAGUCUCGAUUCUGCCUUAGAAAACGAGAUAAGUUCGUCGGGUCUGACGAGCAACCAAUUCACGAAGGAAUUGGCAAGAAGAGGCGUGACGGACAACAGUUUCGCAAGACAGACCUACGAUGCCGUCUGGGCGAUGGCGCUUGCUUUGGAAAAUACCGAAAGCAUCUUGAACAAAGACAACAUUAGCAUAGACCAAUAUACGCAUACGAGAAAGGACAUUGCACUGAGACUGUUGGAACAGUUGAAACUUUUACGUUUCGUUGGAGUUUCGGGGCCGGUAUCAUUCGAUGGAGCCGAUCGAGUGGGUAUCACGGCGUUCUCUCAGAAGGACGGCCCCGUUUUCAGAAGAAUAGCGAUCUUCAAUCCAGAAGAUGGAAAGCUGAUAAUGAAUUGCCUAGGAUGCACAAUGACAAGGUGGCCGGACGGACAUCCCCCCGCGGCUCGGAGGGUUUUCCGGUUGAGAGUGGUGACUGUAGCACCGGCGGCAUUCCUAACGGUUACUUGCCUCGCUAGCAUUGGUGUCACUUUAGCGUUCGCUUUCUUGGCGUUCAAUUUACAUUUUCGCAAGCACAAGAGCAUAAAGCUUUCAAGUCCUAGACUGAACAAUAUGGCCGCUGUUGGCUGCGGUCUAGUCUACGGUGCGGUCAUACUUUUGGGCUUGGAUCACGCCACCCUGCCAGACAGCAACGAUUACUAUCCUACAGUCUGCACGGCAAGAGUGUACCUGUUGUCUGCUGGUUUUUCCUUGGCUUUCGGCUCGAUGUUUACCAAGACCUAUCGCGUCCAUCGAAUUUUCACAAGAAGCAGAAGUGGCGUUGUCAAGAACAAGCUACUUCAGGAUACUCAGCUUAUAAGUUUAAUUUGCGUCCUCCUGCUAAUAGACGGUCUCGUGGUGACCCUGUGGGUGACCUUCGACCCCAUGCAACGUCAUCUCCGGAACUUGACUCUGGAGAUUAAUCCACAGGAUAGAGGCGUAGUCUACCAACCUCAGGUAGAGGUGUGCCGUUCUCAACACACGAACAGCUGGUUGGGCGCGCUCUACAUUUACAAAGGCUUGUUGCUGAUCGUCGGCGUGUACAUGGCUUGGGAAACGAGACAUGUGAAAAUCCCGGCUUUGAACGACUCGCAAUACAUCGGCAUGAGCGUUUAUUUCGUAGUGAUCACUUCGGGGAUCGUAGUGGUACUGGCGAAUUUGAUGUCCGACCGUGCAACCUUGGCCUUUGUUACGAUUACCGCUCUGAUCUUGGCUUCAACGACCGCGACGCUGGCGUUGCUGUUUCUCCCUCAGUUAACAAACAUUUUGGCUGGCGAAAGAGCCGACCCCGUUGUGCAGAGUCUCGGCCUGAAGAUUGAAUGCAAUACGAGGAGAUUCGUGACCGAUGAUCGAACCGAGCUUCAGUACCGCGUGGAAGUGCAGAACCGUGUGUACCGUCGUGAAAUGGCGCAGCUGGAACUGGAAUUGGCCAGAUUGGAGAAACAAUUGGCACAGGAACCGGUUGAACCAUCGCACGCUUCGUCAAGCGCAUCGAUUCCACAACGCAAUCCCAGCAUCGGGGGUGGUCUACCUUUGUUAUUGCUCAGCGUCCUCCCACCGGUCAUCCCUAGGGCUAGCUGGCCGUCCGCUGAUUCGUCUGGAAUACGCCGCGGUACUGUAGCGUUUAGCAGUCAACCAGACUUGGAACCGGACGGUACGAGAAGAAGUCUCGCAGACAUUUACAAACUUCAUCGGCGAAGAGAGACAGAAGGACCAAAUCGUUUGGGCGUUUUUCAGCGACUCUUCAGUCUUUUUGGCAGUCGUCCAACCAGCAGGAAAACUUCUACCGCAUCGUUUACGGGAGUAGCAUCGGCACUACGGCUUCAUAUGGGCUACAUCGCUGGUUUGGUACCAGGCACAAAGGCAGCAUCUACCUGUCAAGUUAAUGCCCAAGGCAGUCGUUCGCCUCAUCCUCGAUGUGGCUCAGGACCAAUAAUUAGUAUUACUAGCGAAGAAGAUCGCAGAUUAAGCUUGGGGCUACGUCGUAAAGAGUACAGCGAGCCCAGAGUCAAUUUCAGCCUACCACCCAAAGCGAGCACCAGCCAAACAUCGUCACGGGAAAAAAUUCGGGGAUCUCCGCGGUUUCCUCAUCGGAUAGUGCCGACAAACAGCUUGAACACGAUCGCGCCAGGAUCCUCGAUCUCAAGAUCCCAUCGAUGGCAUUCCAUGGAAGACGCGAGAAAAAGCAAAGUCUCUCAAUUCCCUCGCGGCUCGUCGUGUAGCCCUAGCAGCGACGUAUGGGCCACUCGUGAAUUUGGAAUCCCAUUAAGCGAAUUGGGAAACAGUGCUCGAGGCAAAAGAACAUCGGAAUCAUUGGCCCUAACCGUUAUGGCGGAGUCGAGUGUAAAUCCUGACGACGCAAAGCUUGGCAACAAUUUGAAAAAACUGUUCGAAGAGAGCGAUACGCAAGGCAACGUUAGUCCUGCCGACUCGGAGCUGAAAAUCACUCGAUCUAUUUCCUCCUCAUCCUCGUCGCCGACGAACACUAGGACAUCGAGUGCUACAAAUGGCGUGUCAUCUUCUAGAAAAGAAUCCAGUUCCAAAUCUGCCCAAUUAGAUGCGAGUACAAACUUUGUUCAGAAGUUAGAGUGUUCUCGACCCUCGAGCCCCACAAUUCGCGCGACCAAUCUAGAUACCACUUCAGAGACGGAUAAUUAUGCGAAUGCAACGUGCGAAGAUGGAAAAUCAACUGCCGCGUAGAUUAAAAUAUGUGGAGAAAACGACUUCCUGUUACGGUAUUCUGCUUUCCCGUACUAGUUGACUCCUGUCACAUUGAGAGAAAAAGAUUGUUAUUGAAGAUGAAGAGCAAAGAUAAAUUUUCGAUGAAUACGAUGCUUGAGAAUAUUCAAUUGUUUCUUCCUUUUUGUUUGUUUUUUUUUUUUUUUUGUUCGUCUUUAAUUAUAUAUGUUUCGUUCUUCGAUUAAAAAAUAAAGCUCUAUAAAAAUGCAAUCACUUGUAUACGUGACAAUUUUCAGUACUCGUGUCCAUGAAAGAUCAAGCUCAAAUCGAUUGCACAAAAAUUUUACGCGAGGGUCAAGAACCAAUCACCGUUUAGAUUUAUCAUGUGUGUUCCUUAGUAAUUGUGCCAAAGAUAAAACUAUGGGGCCCGUAAAAGUAUACAGCUGAUCGACUUUGUGGAUUAUCAUUUUAUGGAGGGACCAAAG